CCGCCAUUUUGGGGAAAGCAGGAAGUUGUCUUGUUGAGGGAGAAACCUCAUGACAAACUGAGCGUCUUAAUUAUCCACAGAUAUAAACAUCAAUAUCUCUUUUUCUUUGAAUGAUUGUUCGGUGUAUGUGUUGCUUGUUUAUAGGCGGAUUUGACCGUUUGUUUUGCAGUUGUGUUGAGUGGUAAACUUCACACGCGCGUAGCAGAGGUCGCGACGAUAACCGGAGUGCUAAAUAAAACCAGCAGGUCAGAAUGGCGGAUGACUUCGAUGUUGAGGCCAUGCUGGAAGCUCCUUAUAAGAAGACUUGCCUAAUGAUAUCUCACCUCUACUCCCCUGAAUACAUCUUUGAUUCCAGUGUGAACUGUGAAAAAAAGACAAGCUGUGAGACAGAGAUGGCAUCGAGCUCUCACAGUCCAACUGCGCUAACUGGGGAAGAUCACAUGGACUGACAGCCUCGACUCUGGAAUGCCCUUUAGCAUCUUUAUAGCAUAACAACAGCAAGACUUAGGCUUAAAAGUGCAGGGUACCCAUACUGCGGCCCUGACAUGUCAAAACUUUGAACUCAAACUGAUCAUUUUCAAAAGUUGAAGACUAUCCCCGCUAACAUCUUUUUUUAAGAACAGACCAUUUGAUCAUAAUCAGUUUGCUCACGCUUUUCUCCAAAGUGAUAAAAUGAGGAAAAUCAAGCAAUUUAUCAUGAAAGAGCCAACAUUAGUAGCAUUUCUGUCUUCUCUCUUAUCCCCCUCCCCUCUUCACUUCCAAUGUUUCCUCUCCAUUCUCAUGUUGUUCUUUUAUCAAUCCUGUUCAGGGUGAAAGCAAGUCCUCGAGCGCCAAUGGUCAUAAUGAGGAACGUAGCAAAAAUAGGAAAAGACGCAGCAACAGUCGUAGUCCGAGUCCAGGCCAGCAGAGGAGUAGAAGCGGGGGGCGCAAGAAGAGCCGAGAACGACGCAAGAGCCGCAGCCGCGAGCGAAGACGUUCACGGAGCAAAGAGCGCAAACGUUCGCGAUCCCGCAGCAAGGAACGUGGUGGCCGUUUCCGUGGACGCAAAAGCCCCUUUAUGGGGCCGAAAUUAAAUGGUGGUCCCGGAGGGAAGACCGGCCCACAACAUUUCACCAAACACAGUCGCAGGAGCCCGUUUAAGAAGGACCGAAGCCCAUUUAAGAAGGACAGAAGCCCGUUUAAGAAGGACAGAAGCCCUUUUAAGAAGGACAAAAGCCCCGUCAGGCAACCAAUAGAUAAUCUGAGCCCAGAGGAGAGAGACGCCCGUACAGUGUUCUGCAUGCAGCUCGCUGCCAGAAUUAGACCCAGAGAUCUGGAAGAAUUCUUCUCUGCAGUGGGAAAAGUCCGUGACGUAAGGAUGAUCUCGGAUAGAAACUCUCGGAGGUCAAAGGGUAUUGCCUAUAUUGAGUUUGUGGAGGCCACAUCAGUACCGCUGGCAAUCGGCCUGACGGGCCAGAGAGUUCUGGGAGUGCCUAUCAUAGUCCAGGCUUCGCAGGCUGAGAAGAACAGGGCCGCAGCCAUGGCCAGCAUGCUCCAGAGAGGUGGUGCAGGGCCCAUGCGGCUGUACGUGGGCUCCCUGCACUUCAAUAUUACUGAGGAUAUGCUGAGGGGCAUCUUUGAGCCAUUCGGAAAGAUUGAAGGCAUCCAGCUAAUGAUGGACAGUGAGACAGGCAGAUCGAAAGGAUACGGCUUCAUAUCAUUUGCAGAUGCAGAAUGUGCAAAAAAAGCCCUGGAGCAGCUAAAUGGUUUUGAGCUUGCGGGGCGGCCAAUGAAGGUGGGUCAUGUUACAGAGCGUUCGGAUGCGUCCUCAGCCAGCUCUUUCUUGGACAAUGAUGAACUGGAGAGAACUGGCAUUGACUUGGGCACGACGGGUCGUCUUCAGCUGAUGGCAAGACUCGCAGAAGGCACAGGACUGCAGAUUCCUGCCGCUGCCAAGCAUGCCUUACAGAUGAGUGGCUCUGUGACAUUUGGAAAUCUGGCAAAUGCCUCAUCCGCACCUCCUCUUCUUCCCAAUCAUGGGAUGAACCAAGCUAUGAACCUUCCAACCCAGCCUCUGGCCACACAUUGUUUACAGCUCUCCAACAUGUUCAGUCCACAGAUGGAAAACGAACCUGGCUGGGACAUGGAGAUACAGGAUGAUGUCAUCGAAGAGUGCAAAAAACAUGGAGGAGUUGUUCACAUAUACGUCGACAAGAACUCUGCUGAAGGAAAUGUUUAUGUAAAAUGUCCAACCAUCCCAGUCGCAAUGUCUGUUGUCAGCGCUCUGCACGGCCGGUGGUUUGCUGGUAAAAUGAUCACAGCUGCCUAUGUGCCCCUCCCUACAUACCAUAACCUGUUUCCAGACGCUGCCACAGCCACAGAGCUCCUGAGGCCCAUGAACCGGUGAUCCAGCCCGCCGCUUCUGAUCGGACCCCCUCCACCUACUGACCCUGCUUCAUCUGGAACCUGUGCAUCUGUACCCCUUCCCAAAUGAACUGCUUGUGGGCCUGAGACAGUCCUGUCAUUGAGGGCCGCUUAAUGUAUGAAGUUAGAUUUCACAGUUGGACUGCAUUUUCAGUCUUGUAAUUGCAAAAGCAAACUUCAGACCAGCUCUCAGCUUUAUGUACAGUGGUAUAUUGAUAAGUGAAAACCUGUAACACCGUCACCCUCUCUAGAUGAGUUCUUGACUCUUGGAAACCAGUUUUGAAGAUUGUGGGAUUUUUUUAAAAGGUAUUUUACCUUCGUUGUUUGUUUUUGUAAGGAUAGAAAGGAGGUUUCUUCUGCUGUUUGGUCGUCAAGUCAAGAAAGUUUUCAUUGAUCUUCCUCUUUUCAAGACGGACAUUGUGUUGUGAACUAUUAGUACAUUUUUUUUUUUCAUUGUUUCACUUUUAAACAAAAAAAUACUACCAAAAAAAUUGGAAUUGUUUUUGUUUCUUCUUUCUGGAGAGUCUAUUCAAGCUGUUUAGCUUUCUAAAACAACGUUGAAUUUAUAACUUUUCAUAAUCAAGAAUUGAUUUUUCUAAAAAUCUUCUACGAUUAAAUGACUUUCACAACACUGUGUAAAAAA